UUUAGCCUUCCUCCUUAAUUUUGGUUAAUAAGGUUGAAGAACUAUGUUAGAUCUAAAUGUCGCUAUGAGGGUAAAGAUUGUUGUUACCUGCUUAAUACUGUUGGGGACUCUGCUUAUUAAGUCAGGUGAUGGAGCAACUGACAUCUUAGUCUCUCCCACUCUUCCAAAUGGAAGACAAUGUUUCUGCCCUGGUGAUGUGGAGACCUACAUUUGUACUGUAGUCGGUGGAGGUUUUACACGGUGGUCAGGAACUGCCUUUGACUGUUCUUUAACUGGCAAUAACAUAGUAUUAAUUCAUUUUAUGUACCCUGGUGUUGCUGCAACCUGUACAAGUGCUAUUAGCGGUAAUGGUAUUUCAGUGGACAAUAGUACUAGUGGAAUAGAACCUUGCUACACAUCAGAACUGUCAGUUACUAUCAGUACCAACAUGGAUGGACAAUCUGUAGUAUGUUCUAGAGAUUCUACCGUGAUAGGCAGUGAUUCCUUGCAAGUAGCAGGUCCACCCCCACCACCCACUAAUGUGAUGGUGACAGCUGUUGAUGUGUCCACAUUCUCUGUAACUUGGAUGGACUUAACCAGUGGCUGUAGAACCUCGUCGUCUUAUGAUAUCAUCUCAGAUUGUGGAGGCUCUUGUUCAGUUUCUACCAACAUGUUAGGAGGAGUUUGUUCUGGUUGGACUGCUCCACAGAGCUGCUCAGUUAUGGUCAGGGCAAACUCUGACUUGUGUGGUGGUCAGACUGGAAGCUUCAGCACUCCUGUAAUGCUAAACUUAAUGGAACCGUCUCCCCCUCCUGUUGGUGAUGUCAGUGUGCUGGCAGUGUAUUCUGAUGACAGCCUCGACUCUAUCAUUGUUACCUUCCCAGCAGUGACUCCUGUUGAGGUUGCUCCUGGUUUGUCUCCUGCAGUUACUUACUCCGUACAAACCGUCGGUGAUCCACAAGUUGUUCUCAUGAGCGACUGCAAUGCUACCCUGUGUCAGUACCAGACUAAUUUCAUUAGUGAUAAUCGCCCCAGCAACCCCUUUACUGUGACUGUGACUGUGUCCAAUGGAAUAGGAGGUGGUCAAUCAGUGAAUACACCCUUCCAAGUGCCAGUCAGCAUCUCUUCAUUGGUGACUUUGACAGUAGUUGUAAAAGAUUCCAAUGCUACUGUGUCUGCUCGUCUGUCCAGUGGUUUCCAAGGCUCAACCAGUUUGACAGUGACCUACGGAAUCAUGUCUAACUGUGAUGCCAAUACUGUGAUUUCAGCUAACGGCAUGGCUAGGGAUACUCUGGAAGUUAUCCUCACAUCUCUACAACCUGAUUUAACUUUUUGUUAUUUCAUUUACUUCAACCAAGGAGUACUAUCAUUUAAGGUGAUGGGAGUAUUACGCUCAGAAUGUGAUGUAGCUGAAUUGUCUGAAGGUCCAAUAGAACCCUCAGAGAUGUGUUUAAUGGAUGGUUUUGUUGGUGGUAUCAUCAUUUCCAAUGGGCGUGUGUGCUACAAUGGGACCACCCCUGGAGCCCAAAAUUUUGCCAUACCGUUCUGUAAUAAGGGCACUCACCUACUUUCAGGUGACUCCUCUCCAUACAGAGAGUGUUUAAGCAAUGGUGAAUGGAGUGGUACUGUUGCUCAGUGUGAACCCUUACCUACCUUGUCUCCAGAAGCUGCAAUUGCUCUCACAUUUGCCCUAACUUUCCUGUUGACCCUGGUUCUUGGAGUAUCUAUUGGUACCCUCAGUGCGCUGGCAAUAAAAAAGUGCAGGAGGAAUCAGAAAAUAAAUAUGGAAACUGAAACUGAAAUAAGACCACCAGUUGCUAUAUAUGAAGAACCAGACAGUAUUAAACCAGAACCCCACACCCAGGGGAACCUUGCUUAUGGACAUGUGCAAUUUUAAACACUAUAAUAAUCAUCGUAUUGUCCAUUGUUUUUAUUACUUCAGAUGACUUCUAUUUUUGCAACUCCAGUGACUCUAUAAUUAACGAUUACAUUGUAUAGUGUUUAGAUAAAUUAUAGCUCCAGGUGUCUUGUGUGAACACAAAAGUUCUUAUUUAUUCGUUCAGUUUUACGGCUAUAAUAAUUAUUAUAAUUAUGUAUCAGUC